AUGGAAUUGUUGAGGGGUAUUGGUAAUUUGCCCUUAAUUUUAUUUUAUAUAUAUAUAUUAUUUCUAUAUAUCUCAGCUCAGAUACGUACACCAAAUACCAAUCAAAGAAAAAAACAGAGAGUCGGUUGCUCUCCCUCGCUCUCUCACCGUCCCUCACUCACCGUCACUAGCCGUCUUAUCGCCACUAUCGCUCACCGUCUCGUCGCCUCCAUCGACAGGAACUUGAAAGAUCUUUGCCUUGAAGGAACAUUGGCACCUGAGCUGGGCAAGCUGACUUACAUAAAAUUGAUUACUUUACACAACAACUCUUUUAGGGGAAACUUUUCUGUGGAGAUUGGAGAAUUAAAGGAGCUGGAGGUGUUGGAUUUAGGAUACAACAACAGUGGGCCAUUUCCAUCUAAUUUUGAACUUUAUGAACUUCAGAUGCUUUUUGAAUUUCAAGUAGAUGAGAACCAGCUCACUAGUGCUGCUUUAAAGGCUAGUUGCAACAGCAGAUCUAGUUCUUGCAGUAAAAGAAUCCGAGCACUUGGGUUGGGGAAUGCGACUGCAAAUAGCUAUGGGCAUGGCAUCUUGCCUUGAGCAUAUGCACCAGCUCAGCCCACCUAUAGCCCACGGAAACUUGCAAUCUUUUUCUAUAUAUCUUACUGAAGACUACGCGGCCAAAUUAUCAAAUUUUAGUUUCUGGAAUGAUUUAACAGCAACUAACAUGGGUUCAGCUGCCACAGAGCUUUCGGCGUGUUACAGAUUACUUUUUUGACAUGGUACAUAUUACGUUUUGCCGUGGUACAAAUUAGUUUUUGGUAUGGUACAGAUUAACUUUUGGCAUGAUAUUGUGAAUAUUAAUUUUUUGUAUACAGAGGGCAUGGUUUUUGUUUAAUCCUUUGUUAUGUAUGGUUGGAUUAUAUUUAAUUUGUAUGGAAUUUCU